GACAGGUUAUAAAGAAACACCAGGAGUCAGUCGGACAGGCAGCAGCUAGCAGGCAGAACGAGAGUUUUAAGAAUCAGAAGAACGUUCAUUCACCGGCGAAUUUAUAACUUAAAACGUUGGCAACUAGCGCAGACGUAGUACUGUUAUACGGAGAUGGCAAACAGCAAUGCCAAUGGGAGUACCAACAGUAAUGUGAAUGGGAGUGCCAAAGCUGGGCUGCCAGGGGAUAUGGAUGGCAUGGAGGACAGUGUGGAGUUCAGGCUGAUGAUGGCGUAUGCCCAGAGGAGGAGACCUAGGGAGGUGUUGUGCCCGCUACCUCAAGGCACAGACACCCAGCCGGGUGGUGCACAGACACUAGAGGGCCAUGCAGACACAUUUAUAAAGAAGGAGAAGAAGAGGAAGAAGAAGGGGAUGAGAAUGAGGCUGCAGAGCUUGUUGAGCUGUAUCCGACCCCACAGAGACAGUACAGCUGUAGCAUCAGGACCACCAAGAACACCAUCACCACCAACGGGCACCCAGAGGACCUCCUUCAGAUCCUUUGGCAACUCGAGAGAUGAGCUGGGGGAGGUAGCUGACCGGUUGACUCAGAUUGCUGACGGAGUGACCUGCAGUUAUGGGGACCUGGAGACUGACGGAGAGGAAGAUGCUAUAGAGAGGCUGGUGGGGCUUCUGCUGAGAGGAGCGGGAGACAAACUCAAUGAGGAGGUCCUGAAGGACGCCUCUCUGUCCUCAGAGCUCUUUGGCUACAGCUUGUAUGAGAGGACCAUCUCCACCUUCCUCGGCAGACUUGGCCUGACCUCGGACCCCGGCACUCAGGGGUCACCCACGGCCCAAAUCGCCAUGACUUGUGAGGUGACGAGUCGCCUGUCAGCGGUGGACAGCCUCCCUAUGAGCCGGGUGCUGGGAUUUGGAGCGAAAUACCUGCAGGAUCACUUCUCUUCCUGGGCCAUACAGCAGGGUGGAUAUGAGGAAGCUUUUGUGAAUGAUGAGGAGGAAGUCGACUGAGUCAGAGGGAUUUUCCCCAUCCUAUACACACAUUGGUUCUUCCUGAUUAUCCACCCUUUUCCCAAAGUAUGCUCUUGCGCACUUUCUUCCAUGGAUCAGAAUUUCAUUGGUGUAGUUAUUGGCUAAAGUGAGUUUCCACCAUUGUUAAAUACAUGAUGGGAAAGGGUGGAGAAUUGGGAUGUCGCCCUCUAACCCCAACCCCUAGAGAAGUUUCAACUCAGGUUAAUAUUGCAUGCCCAAUUUAACAUUGAUUUUGCACAAAGAAACAUGCACAUAGAAAUAUCGACUGUCUUCCAGAGCCAUAGUAUAUAAGAAAAUGUACAUCUCAAACCCCAUUCCUUUUUUUUGAAUUAUACAUUGAUAUGAUAUAAGAAUGUAUGUGAAAGUACUGUAUUCAGGUGUUUUGUUAACAUUUUAAUUUGGACUAUAGGAAUGUAAAAAAAAACACACACAAAAACAUAUUUACUUGAUUAUUUUAUUUUUUAUUGUUAGAAUAAUAAUGAUGAUGAGACUGUCGACUAUUGAUGUAGCCUAUACUGUCUGAUCCAAAUAAUGUUUACAUAAAGCAAAUAAGUCAAAGAGAUCAACAUACCAGACCUCCAGGACUUAUGUCCUCAGUUGAUCCAGAGAUUGAACCACUACAUGGUUAAACCAUGACUGGACCAAAGACUGGGGCAGCUACUGUAGCCUACAUAUACUGUAUGGAAGUGCAUCUAUUCUUACACUAUAUGGUCACACUUUCAUUCUGUGUGCUGAGUCUAUGCAUUGGAAUGUCUGACUUGUUUAGGAAUAAUUAAACAAAUUCCAUGUUAUGAUUAUAGUGUUCAAUGUUAACACUGAUUUAGACAGCUUUGUGACUGAUUUGUUUCAAUAUUGAAUAUUUAUUGAAUAAAAAUAGAUAUGUUGAAGA